CUCUCCUGCGGCUCUCCCACCUCGCGGCCUGGGGUGGAGCAGUCUCCGGAAGGGGAGGGGGCUUGGCUGGCCCCAGCGAGGUGGGAGUGGAGGUGUCCUGCCAUGGAUGUUGAGCCUGGGAGGCGGCCUGCGCCCCAGCCCACAUGCCACUCAGGAUGAGGGUCCGGCCUUGCCUGCCCGCUCUGGGCGCCCUCCGCCCGGCCCCGGUCUAGCUGCUCCCGCCCCCAGGCCUCGCCCGGCUCCCAGGCCCCCAGCCGGCUUCUCCAGCCCCAGGAUGCGCUGAGCCACAGGGGUGGGACUGAGGCCGCGCCAACUACAUGCAUGUCCCCCGGGGGCAAGUUCGACUUUGACGACGGGGGCUGCUACGUGGGGGGCUGGGAGGCGGGGCGGGCACAUGGCUACGGCGUGUGCACGGGGCCCGGCGCCCAGGGCGAGUACAGCGGCUGCUGGGCGCACGGCUUCGAGUCGUUGGGCGUCUUCACCGGGCCCGGCGGACACAGCUACCAGGGCCACUGGCACCAGGGCAAGCGUGAAGGGCUGGGCGUGGAGCGCAAGAGCCGCUGGACGUACCGCGGCGAGUGGCUGGGCGGGCUGAAGGGACGCAGCGGCGUGUGGGAGAGCGUGUCCGGCCUGCGCUACGCCGGCCUCUGGAAGGACGGCUUUCAGGACGGUUACGGCACCGAGACCUACUCCGACGGAGGCACCUACCAGGGUCAGUGGCAGGCUGGGAAGCGCCACGGGUACGGGGUACGCCAGAGCGUGCCCUACCAUCAGGCAGCGCUGCUGCGCUCGCCCCGACGUACCUCCCUGGACUCGGGCCACAGCGACCCCCCGACGCCGCCCCCGCCCCUGCCCCUGCCGGGCGACGAGGGCGGCAGCCCCGCAACGGGCUCCCGAGGCGGCUUUGUGCUAGCCGGGCCCGGGGACGCCGACGGGGCGUCCUCCCGAAAGCGCACCCCGGCAGCCGGCGGAUUCUUCCGUCGCUCGCUGCUGCUCAGCGGGCUCCGGGCAGGCGGGCGCCGCAGCUCCCUGGGCAGCAAGCGAGGCUCCCUGCGCAGCGAGGUGAGCAGCGAAGUGGGCAGCACGGGACCCCCGGGCUCCGAGGCCAGUGGGCCGCCGGCACCUGCGCCGCCAGCCCUCAUCGAGGGCUCUGCCACGGAAGUGUAUGCAGGCGAGUGGCGUGCUGACCGGCGAAGUGGCUAUGGUGUGAGCCAGCGCUCCAACGGGCUGCGCUACGAGGGCGAGUGGCUGGGCAACCGGCGGCACGGCUACGGGCGUACUACCCGCCCCGACGGCUCCCGCGAGGAGGGCAAGUACAAGCGCAACCGGCUGGUGCACGGAGGGCGCGUCCGCAGCCUCCUGCCUCUGGCCCUCCGACGGGGCAAAGUCAAGGAGAAGGUGGACAGGGCUGUCGAGGGCGCCCGUCGAGCCGUGAGUGCUGCCCGCCAGCGCCAGGAGAUCGCCGCCGCCAGGGCAGCAGACGCCCUCCUAAAAGCAGUGGCAGCAAGCAGCGUUGCCGAAAAGGCCACCGAGGCAGCGCGAAUGGCCAAGCUGAUAGCCCAGGACCUGCAACCUAUGCUGGAAGCCCCAGGCCGCAGACCCAGGCAGGACUCAGAAGGUUCUGACACGGAGCCCUUGGAUGAGGACAGCCCCGGGGUAUACGAAAAUGGACUGACCCCCUCCGAGGGCUCCCCCGAACUGCCCAGCAGUCCAGCCUCCUCCCGUCCACCCUGGCGACCCCCCACCUGCCGGAGCCCACUGCCUCCUGGAAGGGACUGGGGUCCCUUCUCCAGCCCCAAAGCUUGGCCCGAGGAAUGGGGGGGCCCCGGGGAGCAGGCAGAGGAACUUGCUGGCUAUGAGGCUGAGGACGAGGCCGGGCUGCAGGGGCCUGGGCCUAGAGACGGCUCCCCCCUACUCGGAGGCUGCAGUGACAGUUCGGGAAGUCUCCGGGAGGAGGAGGGGGAGGACGAAGAACCCCUGCCCCAGAUGAGAGUUCCGGGAGACUCAGAGCCUGAGACCAUGAUCAUGCCAGUCCUGAGGGGCCCACCCACUGCCGGGUGCCUGCCAGAAGAGCUCGACGAGCCUGCUGCCACCGAGAGGCCUGCACAGCCGGGAGCUGCCAACCCCCUGGUGGUGGGCGCCGUGGCCCUCCUGGACCUCAGCUUGGCGUUCCUGUUCUCCCAGCUCCUCACCUGA